GCACUGACCUACUGAGCACAUCAGUACUUACUUAGUGCACUUAAGUCACCAAAACGAGCAACAAUGACACCUCUUCGCCAACAACUUAUUUUAAAACUAGAAAAGUUGGACAAAAACGAUCUGAUUGAUCUGCUGUUAUUACCGAAAAGUGGCCAUAAAUGUGAACAUUUUCGCUCCCUCAAAAGUGAAAUUGAUGCUUUAAAUAGCAAUGCGGUAAUAAGCGAUAACACCUUAUCAGCCGUGUUAUCGCGAAAUGCACAAAAUCAAGAUUGUGACAGAUGCAUUGAAGCAAAACGCAUAAAAUUAGAAGAAACCCUACAUUUGCGAAAUGAUAAAUAUAACUCGUGUUUUGCGCAGAAAACCGACUCUUUGGAUACCAUCGUGGGCGUGUACAUGGCAUAUUCCAUCUUCCAUGGGUACUUGAACCUGGUGAUUCCCAGAACGGGCACCACAGAGCCGCAUCUACAAGAACUAAUGCAAGACUAUGAAGCCACGAACGGUGUUAAAUUUGCGUGUUACAAGCUGUUUCUACUAAUACCAAAGUCAACGUACUGCCCCACGACACUAGAAGAGGCGUCAAAGCGCAUCACAAAGUGUGACCCCCUGCCGGAGAAACUUAUAACUCGAGCCGGAGUCCAAGACAGAAGUUACAAAAACUCGGUCUACAAAAUUUUGAACUGGGAGACGGAAAAGUCGACGUACGUCGUAGCUGAGUAUGCCACCCCCGUGAAAACCUACAAGGACGUACUGACUUAUAAUUACGGAGAGGACUCAGAUGCUUAUAAAAAAAACAAAGACAAAGUAGUGUUGAAGUUUAAUCUGGCGCUACAAAAAAUAUUGCAGGAGCAUGAGAACUGCACCAAUUACUGCGAAUUGGUGUAUUAUGAUGACAAAAAUGAAAAUGGAAGUUUGAAAGAUUUGGCUGACGUUUUAACCGAACGAAUCGAAGCACUGAAAAUUGGAGACACAGAAAAUUACCCAGAUUGACUUCCACCUUUGUGUUAUUUUUGUUUUAAUAAAAUUCUAUCACUGA